AUUGUUAUUAAAACACAGAGUGAGGUCGAGUGGAUUCUAUUCUCUCUUUAAAUUCCACAUUGAAUUCGCUGUGCUCACUGUUUGUUCUCAGUGGGCAAGCGACGAACACCACUAACGAUGCCACGUUAGUUGCAGUGGAAAUGCCGAACGAAAUAGAUAGCAGACGUUUAAUCGAAGAAGUGCGCAAAAGACCAGCUUUAUGGGACCUGGAUCAUGAGUUCAACAAAUGGCCUCUCGAAGUUAUCAAGCUAUGGAAAGAGGUGGCAGCUGUUCUGGGCGUUGAGGAUGUCGAACAAUGUCGACAUAAAUGGAAAAUUUUACGCGAUACUUAUCGCACCUUGGUGAAACGUUUUGAGCGGCGUAAAGCACGCGAUAAAGCGCUGGGUGUUCAGAAUCCUCAAAGCAGUUAUGAGAUUAAAUGGGCCUAUUAUGACGAUUUAAGCUUUAUAAAAGAUAAAAAGCGUAAGCGACGGACGCGCUCUGAAAUGGAACAAGAUCAAAACACCAAUUCAAUAGAUGAUUGUAAUGAAGCGCCCGUUUCGGAAAUUAAAGUGGAACCGACGCGUGUUGGCAGUCAAGAGGCAUUUCUAAUAGAAGAGUUUGAUGAUGAUGAUGAUGCAGAUAUGACAGAUAUGGAAUUUCAAGAUAUUGGGAAUUCAAAUAUGCUCUCUGAUAAUUCUAGAAGUAAUACAUUGUUGGCAGAGCAAUACCCGGCUAAAAUCUCAGGCGUCAAUGAGGGAACAAAUACCACAAAUGAGGUCCAGAAUACAUUAACAACGUCUCAACUGUCAUCGCCAAUCUCCGUAAUCAAUGCAGCGCUUGAAGAAACCGAAUCCCCAAAUGUGAUCCAGAAAACAAAAUUAAGAACAAGCCCUCAAGUAUCACAGACCAUUGAAGAGGCGACCUCACCAAUAACCCCAUUAACAUUCCCCAUGGCACCGGCAAUAAAAGUGGCAACACAAGAAAAAUCAAACAGUACGGCAACUCCAAUUCCCAACGACAAUUCAAAAGAUUGUCCAAAUUCCUCACGAAAUGAGCGACAUGUACAUUUUCUCGAAACCCCCGAACAGAAAGAACACCAUCUAAUGAAAUCCUCUCUAGAAGCUAUACAUAGUGCCAACAAGCAUAACGGUGAUCCAGAUUAUCAUUUCCUAGUCAGUUUCUUGAAACACACGAAGAAAAUGGAUGUUGUUGAAAAUUUACGAUUUCGUAGACGCAUGUGCGAUUUGGUUAUGAGUACAUUAGCGCCCAAUGCGGCGCCAAGCAAUUCCUUAGCAGCUACAAGCAACGCGUCAGCGUUAUCAGCCCCCGUUUCAGGUUUCGUUAUUGCGGAGUAUGAGAAGGGCAAUAGUGCUUCAGUAAAACAAGAGCCGGUAACAAAUCAGUAGACAAGUAAUGUUAAAGGGAAUAAUAAUCAGAUAUAAAUAAAAUAUAAAAUAAAUAAAUAUAAUA